CCCUUUGCGCCUCCCUUUGAAGUCUCGAACGAUCUCUGCUCUGUGAAACCCACUACGUCAGAUACACUUCUACUCCUGAUUACAGGGAGAAGGACCGCUCCAGACGGAGUGACACCAAGAUGAAGGAAAUGUCCUCCGUGAUAGACAGCGAGGUGUUCCUGGCCUUCUCUACCUAUGCCACUGUCAUCGUCCUCAAGAUGAUGCUGAUGUCUCCCAUGACGGCGUACUUCCGCUUCACCAGAAAGUGUUUUGCCAACAUGGAAGACACAGGGAUGGCUAAGACUCCAGAGGAGAAGAAGAAGAUGCUGAGAGUUGACCCGGAUGUGGAACGUGUGAGAAGAUGCCACCAGAACGACCUGGAGAACAUCAUUCCGUUCGUAGUGAUUGGCCUGCUGUAUACCCUGACGGGGCCAGACCUCUCCGCUGCUCUGCUCCACUUCCGGGUGUUUGUUGGUUCCAGGCUCUGCCACACCGUGGCCUACGUCCUCCCCCUGCCCCAGCCCAGCAGAGCUCUGGCUUGGAUGGUUGGCAUGGGCGCUACCUUCUCCAUGGCAUACAGGGUGCUAAGCACAGCCCACCUCUGAAGAGGCGAUCAAUCAAUUAAUCCAGAUUUAUUGAUUAAACGUUUUCAGAUGGCCUAAAAUAGUCUUCGGGACUCUCCACACAUUUAGCAGAUGUGGGUCAAAUAGGCUACAUAAUGUUAAAUACUCGACAGUGCUUGAUUGAACAUGGAGAUUGCACUUCUGGGACUAUUCUAUUGGUUCGGUUGUAUCACUAGACUAACUUGACAUUCCCUGCACGUUUUGUUUUGAACUCAGCACUGAAUUGUAUCUGUGCAAAAAAUUAUAAUAUCAGCAAAAUUAAUUAAACUAAAAUUAGAGCUCGAUUCAAUCCGUUUCACGGAAGUUCAGUGCUACAGCGCAAUAGUAAUUGAAUGGCAAUGUUCCCGCGGCUACUGCAUUCACGGUAAACGCUGCAUAUAUCUUCUCUAUCGGAAAAUUACCUUUAAAUUUCAAGCACGCUACAGCGCUGAACUUCGGCGAUACGGAUUGAAUGGAGCCCUAAACUAAAUAAUGUGCAGCUCAGUAUCUGAUGGUGCACGUGUCUGCCUAGUUUACCCACAUCACGCUUUAUUGGUCGCGUACACAGAUUUGCAAAUGUUAUCGCAGGUGCAGCGAAAUGAUUGUGUUUCUCUAGGUCCAACAGUGCAGUACUACUCAGCAAUAAAAAUACAAAACAAUACACACAUAAUCCCCCAAAAAAUGUCUGACACACUGCUCUUCAGACCGGUCUGUCUGGUUGUCUGAGUGACAGCAAACACUAAUUUGAUAUCUUAGACAUGUUUGCACUGAUGUGAUUAUCUAAUGUUUAUAAAUUAUUCAAUUAGGGUUUGGGAAUUAAAGUUGAAUUAAAGAUGGGGGAAAUUUGUUGUUCUCUGAGCUGAAUUAAUAAAGGCCUAUGAAGUCGGCUAUUAAUACCAGAGAUAUUUUGCUAAUUUGCUAAUGAAUAUGACCUUACUUGAUCUAAUUCUGUAUUUUAUUUUUUAAUGAGGCUUUUAGAACUAUAUUAUAUGUUUACUUGGCUACAUAUUUGUAACCCUACUAAUUGGUUUACUUUGUCCAUUGCAUUUUCUACGCCAUUCAGUGAUAGUCAUUUCCAUGCUUUUCCCUGUAAAUAAACAAAAAAAUUAUAUAAUUA